AUGGGCUUCGACCGCUGGAGCGGCUCGUCCGCCACGAGCCCAGAGAUGAAGACGCAUUUUGAGCCCAUGGAGUACGAUGAAAGGAACCACAGCAUUGCUCCAUCCACCAGGAAACUUUCGCUCAACGCAGCCGAUCUCAUGCGCCGCAACGCAUCUGCCAAGUUGGCCAACCCCUUGGCUGGCAUAAGUCAUGCAAAACUGGAGGAGAUGGGAGCAACAUACGCAAGGAAGCAUCACAUUGGGGACGAAGAGGAUGUCAGGGCUUUCCGAAAAGGCGCCGUCCUUGCCCAAGACCCUCGCAGAUUCGCCCAGGUUCAGGGUCUGACAGGAAUGGAGUUGGAUGUACUUCAAAAGGAGUUCGACAAUCGCUGGGCCCAGCCUAAGCUCAUGUAUAUUGUCAUCAUACUUUGCUCCACCUGCGCCGCCGUUCAAGGAAUGGACGAGGCCGUUGUCAACGGGGGCCAGCUAUUCUACAGGUAUCAAUUUGGUAUUGACGGCAAAGAUCCGCGCUCAACAUGGCUUACCGGCUUAUUGAACUCUGCUCCUUACCUUUGUUGUGCCUUCAUUGGAUGUUGGCUAACCACGCCUUUUAACAACCUCUUUGGUAGAAGGGGUACUAUAUUCCUUACUUGCGUCUUCUCAGCUCUGGCUUGCUUCUGGCAAGGGUUCGUUAACACCUGGUGGCACAUGUUUAUUGCGAGAUUCUUCCUCGGAUUCGGUAUUGGCCCUAAAUCCGCAACGGUUCCUAUAUACGCUGCGGAGACAUCUCCGCCGGCGAUUCGAGGUGCACUGGUUAUGCAAUGGCAGAUGUGGACUGCUUUCGGUAUCUUCUUUGGAUACGUCGCAGAUCUCGCAUUCUACAGCGUGCCUGACCCACCAGGCAUUGUCGGGCUGAAAUGGCGUCUGAUGAUGGGAUCAGCCAUGCUGCCCGCGCUCAUCGUCAUCGCUUUCGUCUUCAUGUGCCCCGAAUCUCCACGUUGGUACAUGAGCAAGAACCGGCAUUACAAAGCAUACCAGUCUAUGGCCAGGUUGCGAUACCAGAAAGUGCAGGCGGCCCGAGACGUCUACUAUAUGCACACUCUGUUAGAGGCUGAAAGGGAGAUCGAAGCAAACCAGGGAAAUCCACUGCUCGAAUUGGUCAAGGUUCCUCGGAACCGUCGAGCGAUGAUAGCUUCUGAGAUCGUGAUGUUUAUGCAGCAGUUCUGCGGGGUCAACAUCAUUGCUUACUACUCAUCCCAAAUCUUCUUAGAUGGUGGGUUCUCGCCCAUAUCAGCCCUGACUUCGUCUCUCGGAUUUGGACUAGUGAACUGGCUUUUCGCCAUUCCCGCGGUCUACACUAUUGAUACAUUCGGACGGCGGAAUCUUCUUCUGACAACUUUUCCGCUCAUGUCAAUCUGCAUGUUCUUCACAGGUUUCAGCUUCUGGAUACCAAAGGAUACCAUGCAUACCACCAGAGUCGCCUGUAUAUCUCUUGGUAUUUAUCUCUUCGGCGUUGUCUAUUCACCAGGAGAAGGUCCAGUGCCAUUCACCUACUCAGCAGAAGCCUACCCACUCUAUAUUCGGACGGUUGGUAUGUCCCUUGCGACUUCUACGACUUGGUUCUUCAACUUCGUUCUCUCAAUCACCUGGCCCAGUCUCCAAGCUGCUUUUACCACACAAGGCGCCUUCUCAUGGUACGCCGGCUGGAACAUCGUGGGGUUCUUUCUGGUGCUCCUGUUUAUGCCCGAAACAAAAAGCAAGACGCUCGAGGAAUUGGACCAGGUGUUUUCAGUGCCGACACAUAUCCAUGCUGCAUAUGGCUUGAGACAGAUUCCGUACUUCUUCCGGCGGUAUCUGCUACGGCAACACGUUGAGCCGGAACGUUUAUAUGACAAUGAGGAUACGGCAGAAGACAAGGACUUGGGCUAUGACGAUCCUGAGAGUCACACUUAG